UUUUCUGAUAAUUUUACUUAUUCCUUCCACUAUAUAGGUUGGGUUACUGACUCCUCGAUACAUCAGCUAGAGCAUGAUAAAACAUACAUACCCUUUGCUUGUUAAGAUGUUAGAGGGAAAAGCAAUAGUGCGUGAGACGGAUAUGCCAAAGGAGAUGCAAAGCCAGGUCAUGGAGUUAGCUUACCAGGCUCUUGAUCUACAUGAAGUCUCCGAUUGCCAAUCUAUUGCUCAUCACAUUAAACAGAAAUUAGAUGAAGCUUAUGGACCAGCUUGGCACUGCGUGGUUGGCAAAGACUUCGGAUCUUGCAUUUCACAUCUAUGUGGGAGUUUCAUCUUUUUCUGUGUGGAAAUGAUGGAGUUCCUUGUCUUCAAGGAUGGCAAGGACUGGACAGAAAGCAAGGAAGAAGCCAUUGGAUUGCUGCAGAUAGUAGAAAAAAACUGAUUUACAGAAUCAUAUCUCUGCUGUGUAGUUUUUGUUAUACUUCAUACAAGCUCAGAACUACUACAAUAUAUUAUUUGAAAUUUUCAUCAA